CUAAUCCGUUCUUUCAAUCUCACUCUGUCGGUGUCGUUGCCGGUGUGCAUGGUUUUGUGCUCCACAUUAGUUUUACUUCAUUUAUUUUGUAAGUUAAUAAUGGCAGAAAACAAAGAACGUACGUUUAUUAUGAUUAAGCCUGAUGGUGUUCAACGCGGACUUGUUGGAAAAAUAAUUCAACGUUUUGAAGAAAAAGGUUUUAAGCUUGUAGCAAUGAAAAUGUUAUGGCCAACUGAAGAAUUAUUAAAGAAACAUUAUUCAGAUUUGGCAUCUAGACCAUUUUUCCCUGGAUUAAUUAAAUAUAUGAGUUCAGGACCAGUUGUACCAAUGGUAUGGGAAGGUUUAAAUGCAGUAAAAACUGGUCGUUUCAUGUUAGGAGAAACAAAUCCAAAGGAUUCUGCACCAGGAACAAUUCGUGGUGAUUUUUGUAUUCAAGUUGGACGUAACAUUAUUCAUGGAUCUGAUUCUGUUGAAUCUGCUAAUAAAGAGAUCAAACUAUGGUUUGGAGAAGAAAAAGAAGUUAUUGAUUGGACAUCUUGGGCAGAAAAAUGGAUAUAUGAAUAAAAAUAGUCCUCAGUGAAAAUAUUCAUUUUAAUAUAUAUUCUUUUACAUAAUUCAAUCUGACCAUGCAUACUGCCAAUCGGAUGAUAUUCAGAAUUUGCUGUAUAUAACUUUACUUAAAUAGUAAUAAAACAAAUUCUUAUAUAAA